AUGGUUAAAUUAUCCGAUUAUUUUAAUAGCACGACCAUUAAAGGACGUGCUAACGUUGCCAAGGCCACAUACGCCUCGUUUGCAAUUUUGUAUCUAUAUCAUCGCUUAACGAAGAAGACGCCACCGCAGGCUGUCAAAAAGCCUGACAAACCAGCCAUAACAGCACCCGAAAAAGAUGCCUUGACGAAAUGUCCAAAAUGUCAAUGUGAAAAAUCCUCAUCUACUGAUUGUAAUUGUGAUAAACGCCAACUGUACCAAGCUCCUGCUACGUCGUCUGAUCAACGCAAUCAACCGUCACUUGAUCAAAAGUGUGGCGAUCGUUGUCAGCAUAAUGAAAGUCGUAGCUCAGUCGUUAAUCAGUGCGAAAAAUCCGAUAGUAAUAAUCCUCCAAAGCAAGCAGUUCCUUCACAUGGAGGCAAAUGUGAGCAAACUCAUCAUAAGGUAAUGAACUCUGCCCCCGUUAAACCGUUCGAAACAGUCGAUGUAAAGGCAAAGGGACGGGAUCUGAAAUUUUCAAACGAAAAAAGGUGAAGUUUAUCGCAUUGAUGCAACCUAUAAUAAUGCACGCCCCAUAAAUGUGAAUAGUUUUUUAUAAUUGCAGUUUUACUGAGCCCUGGGACCCUUGGGAAUAGACAAAGCAAAUAACUCAAUUAACAAUAGCCGUUGAAAACCGCCUCAUCCGUUAAUUAAACUUUUCAGUGAAUAACAUAAGUACUUGUAGCAACACUUUUCUUUACUAUUAUCAUUGAUGUAGUUCCCAUUAUAUUAUGCUAUACUUUAGCAAA